AUGGCCAGCAGAGGCAAUUAUGGGUAUGAAGUUGCGUUAGACACAACUAAUGGAAAACUAGCUAGGACUGCUAUUGAAUUGGCGGUUGAAGACGUAAAUAGAAAUACCAGCGUUCUGAAUGGCACGAUCCUUAAUAUUCAUAUCCGAGACUCCAAACAAGAUGCACUGACAGGCGCUUCUGCAGCAUUGGAACUGAUAAGAAAAGGAUGUGUAAGCAUAGUCGGUCCACAGACAUCCGUGGUGGCUGAGUUCGUUGGGUAUUUGGGCGUUGCAGCGCAUGUUCCAGUUGUGACAUUUGGUGCAACAAAUCCCUCUCUCUCCAUGCAUCGAUACCCUUACUUCAUUCGUACAGUACCCAAUGAUAAAAUGCAAAUGAGGGCAAUAGCAAAGCUGGUAGACCUGUAUAGAUGGAGGGAUGUGGCACUUGUGUAUGAUGAUAUGGGGACAGGGGCCGUCCCCGCCAUAACGGAUGCCUUGAGAGAAGUGGAGGCAAAUAUUGUUUUGAAAGCUGCAGUGCCUCCCCAGGCCAACGUCUCUUCAAUGAGAAAGCUUCUUGAGGAUGAGCUGAUGGGGUUGGAGUCGCGAGUAUUUAUCGUGCAUAUGCAUGAUGAUUUAGCUUUAAUGCUGUUUUCCGAGGCGUCCAAAUUAGGAAUGAUAGGCAGUGAGUAUGUAUGGAUCAUUACCGAUGCAUGUGCCAACCUACUGGACUGGUUCAAUAUUACUUCUCUCCUUUCAAUGAAUGGUGUGUUGGGGAUCAGAAGAACACUCCCACAAACCGAUCAGCGAAAGAUGAAUGAAUUUGCUAAAAGAUGGAAGCAGCGGCGUAGAGCACAGAAUCCUACAAUACAAAAACUGGAAUUAAAUGCCCGUGCACUUGUUGCAUAUGAUACAACAUGGGCGCUUGCUUAUGCAAUCGAUCAUCUUCUGCGUCAGGGAUCGUUUAAUGGUGGUUUCUCAGCGACCUCUAGCAGCACCGAGAUUUUAAAUUUCAAGUUUUUUGACGGUGGAGAGGAUUUGCUUAAUCAGAUUCUUGACACACGUCUUGGCCUUAGUGGCCCUGUUCGAAUAAGUCGAGAAAGGGAUGAAUCUUUGGAGUGCUCAUAUGAUAUAAUAAAUGUGAUUGGAAAUAGUUAUAAAGUAGUAGGGUCGUGGACAGAAAAGGGCCUGAAUAUAUCGUCGAAACACGUAGUCCAUUGGGGCGGUGGAUCAAGAAAGACGCCACGUGGGUGGGUGAAACCUGCGCCAGGCAAAAAAUAUAAAAUAGCGGUGCCUUGGCUGCGAGGGUUUACACAAUUCAUCCGAGUAAAACCAGAUCUUGCUAACGCUGGUGCACAAAACCAGAUUUAUGAGAUUACGGGCUUCUCCAUUGAUGUGUUCAGCUCAGUGCUCAAAAGAAUGGACUACAAAUUGCCCUAUGAAUUGAUACCUUAUGGAACUGGCAAUGUCACUGCGGGCUACUAUGAUGACCUCGUCUACCAGGUCUAUCUCCAGAAAUUCGAUGCGGUUGUGGGAGAUGUAACGGUGCUUGCAAAUCGUAGCAAGUAUGUGGAUUUCACACAGCCGUAUACGGAGUCGGGUCUGAUAAUGGUGGUAGCACUUUCAGACAAGCGAUCAAGUGACUCCUGGGCCUUCCUGCGCCCCUUUACUCCAGCCAUGUGGAUAGCUACUUUUACAUUUUUCAUAUUCACGGGAGGUGUUGUUUGGUGUCUGGAGCACAGACAAAAUAGGCAAUUUAGAGGGACGCCUCGGAAACAAGUCUUCACACUCAUCUGGUUUUCCUUUUCCACCCUCUUCACUACUCAAAGGGAAAGGAUUGUAAGCAGCCUGGGUAAAGCAGUGGUCCUUAUUUGGCUUUUUGUAGCUUUUGUGUUAGUGUCUAGUUACACCGCCAGCCUGUCGUCGAUGCUUACUGAGAGAGAAAUUGUGCCGAAGGUUGAGAGCGUUGAAUCUCUGAUCACCCAAAAUUUGCCCAUCGGGUAUCGACAGGGAUCUUUCAUAGACAAGUAUUUAGAACAACAGCUCGGUGUGAAUAAAAGCGUACUUCGCCCAUAUUCAUCUGCACAAGAGUAUGUCAUUGCACUGAAGAAGGGACCUAGUAACGGAGGGGUGGCUGCCGUAUUUGGUGGGCAAACUAUUGCCGAAAAAAUAUUUUUGUCAACAGGAUGCAAAGACUUUGAGAAACUUGGUCCCACGUACAAAACGGGAGGCUUCGCAUUUGUGUUUCCAAAGGGGUCUCCGCUGGUUUCAGACAUCUCCAAGGCUAUAUUAAAUCUUUCAGAAAGCAAAGAUAUGCAAGAAAUUCGAAAAAGGUGGCUCCACUCAAGUGAAAGCAAAUGCAGCUUGGAGUCUGGUGGAGUCGAAUCAAACAAAUUGAGCCUCAAAAACUUUUGGGGAAUAUUUUUGCUGACAGGAUGUGUAUCUUUUCUCACCCUUGUCUACUAUUUGUGUCGCUUGAUCUAUCGAUUUGUGCACAAAAAUGAAAAUUCAUCUCAUGUUAACUCUGUAUCCACCCGAUUGCGAAAGUUUGCCAAUUAUGCAGACAAGAAGGAGAUCUCAACACCAAAAAGAAAGAGAUAUAAGACCGCCUCUUUGCCAAAGGAAACCUCCGCUUCCAUUUCCUCUGAAAGUCGUCCUUGAACGGGACAUAUAUGACCUGUUGUUCAGGAUGCUCUAAUUAAUCUAGUAGAAUUAUGCUGGUUUUCGAAAUAUAUGUAGAUCAAUAAUGGUUAUAACUGAUGCACACUACUCACCACCAUGCAAUUCAUGCACAGUUUUUUCAAGACUCGUUUAAUAUGCAAACUAUGCGAUGUUCUUUCCAAGACGAAUU